GGCAGAAGUGUUGUCACAUUCACAGCUAGUACUCUCUGCCUGGCAAACAUCAGUGGCUGGAAAUUAAGUUGAAUAUCAUUACUACCAGAGUGACUGUAGAGCUGUGUUUCUGAGUGAAAUGUCUCUGAAACUCACUCCUCCCUCAGUAGAGCGAGUGAAGGUGGUGGAAGAGCUCCCAGCAGGGUUGAAGACUGUGACAGUGAUG